AUGGAGAGGUUCGGUCAGAAUCUUCUUGGAGAAUCCAAGACCGCUUCUUCGCGAUCCUUCUCCUAUGGAAAAGUACAUUCUCAGCGUACCCCUACAGGAGGCGCCAACAAGACACUACAAUCCGAUGCGGAGUCCAGUCCUCCUCCUACAAGAAGUGCCAGGAAUGUGGAGCCGGAAUGGAAAAUGGAUUGUCUGUCAAGACCGUGGUUCUCUGCCGCAUGUCUUUCUUUGGCACAUUGUGCUCAAAAUUAUCUUAUUAGACAAAACCGUUGCGCGGCUUCUUCCAGGGACAAGAAAAGAAUCACUGAGACCUUGCAAGGAGCGCCCAACAAUAUCUCCAGGAUGGAAGUAAUAAACCUUUCGAUUCUGUCAUUACUUCUAUCCAUGUCGACACUCAGCAUCACCAGCCAGCUAUGGGACCUCAUGAGUCUGUUAACCCUCUUGUUCCGAAAGAUAACAAAAGAAUACGAUGAUGGUUCCAUCGCUGCCUUAGAAAGGAUAUCAACAUAUGGAGAUUCCAUCAAAGACAUUUACGGCCCUUUCCUAUUCAUCGCGGACCUGUUUUUGUUCAAAUACCUUUCUCCAGAACUGACUGGGCAGGAUUCCAGAGGCUGGAGAAAGGAGGAUCCACACGGUACUGCUCAUCUUUCCUAA